AUGAGGAAAAUGGUUAAUCCCGCAUUUAAAGUGAAUAAUUUGAAAACUAUGGUUGAGGUUUUUGAUGAUAAGGCUAAAUUACUCGCAAAGGUAAAUUUAAGCGUACUGACUUCAUCAACUCACUGAGUUGAUAAUGAUCAAGGCUGAUUUUAAGGGUAGUUGGUAGUUGAUAGUUUAAAGGGUAGAUGUUUCGUUUUAAAGUGUAGGGCGUGGGAGUUAACAAGACUCGAUUGCUCCUGCCAACCCUCACCAGCUAAGCAGGAUAUAAAUAUCAUGCGUUUAUCAUGUUUCGCUCGCUACUCUGGUUUAAAUAAAUGAUUACAAAGCCCAGUCGAAUUGUAAUCAAGACCCAACGUUUCGACACUCCAGUCUAGUGUCUUCAUCAGGGGUGAUCUAAAACUGCGAUCGUGGCUUCUUAAAUACCCCAGGGAUGACGUCACCUGCCAAGAAGAUGCAUAUAUUCUUCUGGCAAAUAGGCGCCGUCAUCACUAUUCAAAGCAUGAUGACUCAUAUUUAUAUGCCACGCUUCUAGGCAAAUUCGAAACGUCGAGUGUCGAAACGUUGGGUCUUGAUUACAAUUCGACUGGGCUUUGUAAUCAUUUAUUUAAACCAGAGUAGCGAGCGAAACAUGAUUUAUAUACCUGGUUGCAGUGAACGAACAAACUUUAUAUCAUGCGUUUAGUUGAAGGAUCCAGUAUCCGUUUGCCUAUUAGAUAGCUUCACAGUUCACAACCUCAUUUUAGGCCAGUUAGCCACAGGUUUUGGUAAGUACAUUUUCCAAAUUGUGUUAGUGAAACACAAAAAACUACAGUGCAUUGUCUUUUGGGAACUAUAUGGAGCCCGGCGUUACUUUGUUUAGGUAUUGACAAAAAUUGAGACUUUUUUUUCAAAAAAACUUAAAACGGUAAAUAACACAUUAGCAGAACGUUUAUAGAAAGGUAAACAACUACGUACCCUAUUCGCGCCUAUAUACGCGUAUAUUUUACAUCAUGCAGGCACAACACCAAAAUAGCAGGAAAUAAGACUCCUACAGAAACAACAGAAAUUGUGUAAAUUACAUACAAUGAGAUUUAAAAAACAUUUACAGUUUCUCAAUGUCUCCGUUGUUGGACAAACUGAAGAGAGAAUUGAAAUUUGGAGCGACUUAUGUGCAACUGUUGCUAUAUUGUACUUGUCCACCCAUGUCAUAGUUUUAACAAUACUUCGGUGAUUUUUUCCCGCCUGGACAUGUAUUUUCUCCAUGUUGUCAAAAGAUUCUUUACCGAAGUCACAAUAUUACGAAUCAAGUUAUAAAUAGCUAGCACAUUCCAAGCAUUUAUAAACUUCCAAACACACGUUGCGUAUAAUGAACCAGGAAGUGUUUCAGAAUUCAGUUUUAUAUAUAUAUAAUAUAUUUAUUUUUCAGUACUGGAACGGCAUUAUCAGUGCGAAGUCAAAGACCAACGCUAAAAAAGAAUGCCAUUUGUUUGUGCAAAACGAUUUGAAUCGCAUGUCUUUGGAUGCGUUAGGCGAAUGUGUAUUUGGUUAUGAGUUUAACACCAUCGAAGCAGGUGAUACCAUAAUAUCCCGUGCAUUCACCGAUUUAUUCGCUGGUGUAAAUGGGACUGCAAAGUCAUUUUCACGAAAACUACUCCUGUGGUUCCCAUUCCUUAAAUGCUUCAUGAAAAGUAUCAUCAAACGUGAAGAAGCGUUUAAAACCAUUUCGUGCGUUAUCAAACAG